AUGGUGGCUGGCGCACCAACAGCGUUAGGAUGUGACAUGCGAGAAUGUUCUUCGGGAUACUACUUUGUUUGUUCGUGUGCUACAAUCUGCUCAUCUCAAGUGGCAGAUACUGCUGAAAAUCCCUCUAGCAGAGGACCACCAGAGGGCUGUUUCGAUACCGAACGGUCGCAAUGCGCUGGCGGUUUGCGGACCAGUGAUGUAAAGUUCCCUGGAUUUCCCAAGAUGAGAGUCGAUUUUGUGAAUAAUAUUGUGAGAGUAACACCAGAAUAA